GCUGCGGGACUCGCCCGCUCUUUCCCGCGCGCCCGCCGGGGCUCAUGUGGCUGCGGCUGCGGCUGCGGCUGCUGCUGCGGGGCGCGCUCGCCGGCCCGCGCUCGGAUCGGCGGCGGCGUUGAGGCGCAGCGGGCAGCGACAUGUCGUCGGGCCUCCGCGCCGCCGAUUUCCCUCGGUGGAAGCUGCACAUCGCGGAGGAGUUGCGGCGGCGGGACCGGCUGCAGCGCCAGGCGUUCGAGGAGAUCAUCCUGCAGUAUAACAAGUUGUUGGAAAAGUCCGAUCUUCAUUCAGUGUUGGCCCAUAAGCUACAAGCUGACAAGCAUGACCUACCAAAUAGACAUGAUACAAGUCCUGGACAUGAUGGAGCACGGAGUGAGAGUCAACUGCAAGAAAUGGCCCAGCUGAGGAUCAAGCACCAGGAGGAGCUGACGGAGCUGCACAAGAAACGUGGGGAGCUGGCCCAGUUGGUGAUCGACCUGAACAACCAGAUGCAACAGAAGGACCGAGAGAUGCAGGCAAAUGAGGCCAAAAUCGCAGAGUGUUUGCAAAACAUCUCCGACCUGGAGAGUGAGUGUCUGGAGCUGCGAAGUAAGCUACAGGACCUGGAGCGAGCCAACCAGACCCUGAAGGAUGAGUAUGAUGCCCUGCAAAUCACCUUCACUGCUCUGGAGGAGAAAUUGAGGAAGACUUCUGAAGAGAACCAGGAACUGGUUACUCGGUGGAUGGCUGAGAAAGCCCAGGAGGCCAAUCGCCUAAAUGCUGAGAAUGAGAAGGAUUCCAGGAGGCGGCAAGCCCGGCUGCAGAAGGAGCUUGCAGAAGCAGCAAAGGAGCCGCUGCCAGUUGAACAGGAUGAUGACAUUGAGGUUAUUGUCGACGAGACCUCAGACCACGCCGAGGACACGUCGCCCGUGCGUGCGGUCUGCAGAACGGCCACUAAGCGACUCUCGCAGCCUGCUGGAGGCCUUCUGGAUUCUAUCACUAAUAUCUUUGGUCUGUCUGAGUCUCCCCUUUCUGGACAUCAUCAUUCUUCCGAUGCUGCCAGGAGGCGCUCUGUCUCUUCCUUCCCCACCCCCCAGGACAACAUGGAACCUCAUCCUGGUUCCAGUAAAGAAGUGAGGGUCCCAACCACUGCAGUCACUGUCUUUGAUGCUCACGAUGGGGAGGUCAACGCCGUGCAGUUCAGCCCAGGGUCCCGGCUCCUGGCCACUGGAGGCAUGGACCGCAGGGUGAAGCUGUGGGAGGUGAUUGGAGAGAAGUGCGAGUUGAAAGGAUCUCUCUCCGGCAGUAACGCAGGAAUCACCAGCAUUGAAUUUGAUAGUGCUGGAUCUUACCUCCUAGCAGCUUCCAAUGACUUUGCCAGCCGGAUCUGGACCGUGGAUGACUAUCGGUUACGGCAUACACUCACGGGCCACAGCGGCAAAGUGCUCUCUGCCAAGUUCCUGCUGGACAACGCACGGAUCGUAUCCGGAAGCCACGAUCGCACCCUCAAACUCUGGGACCUCCGCAGCAAAGUCUGCAUAAAGACGGUGUUUGCUGGUUCCAGCUGCAACGACAUUGUGUGCACAGAACAGUGUGUCAUGAGCGGACAUUUUGACAAGAAGAUACGGUUCUGGGACAUCCGGUCAGAGAGUAUUGUCCGGGAGAUGGAGCUGCAGGGGAGGGUCACAGCCCUAGACCUGAACCCAGAACGGACGGAGCUUCUAACCUGCUCCCGGGAUGACCUGUUGAAGAUCAUCGACCUGCGCGUCAAUGCCGUGCGUCAGACGUUCAGUGCUCCAGGGUUCAAGUGCGGCUCAGAUUGGACUCGAGUGGUGUUCAGCCCUGAUGGCAGAUACGUGGUAGCGGGCUCGGCUGAGGGCGCCCUGUAUGUAUGGAAUGUGGCCUCGGGGAAGGUGGAGAAGGUUCUCUGCAAGCACCACAGCUCGUCCAUCAAUGCUGUGGCCUGGGCCCCCUCCGGAUCCCACGUGAUCAGUGUGGACAAAGGCAGCAAGGCUGUGCUGUGGUCGGACUACUGACAUCUGGCAAGGGGCUCCCUGAGGUGAUGCUGCCACAGCCUGUCGGAGUAGGCCCUGGGCCCAGCAGAGGUGGCCCCACAGAGGCCCUGGCCCCCACGCAGAUGGACACACUACUGGCUCUGGCCUUCCUUACCUCAGCCAGGGGCGCCAGGCUCCACUGGUUCCUCCCAGGAUGCCAGUGCCAAAAGCUCCCCUGUCUGGAUGUCGCUUCACUGUGUUCUCUCCAUGUCUGGUCCCUGCCUGGUGUUCCUUGUUCCUCCCAGCCCCACCUCUUUGCCUCACACAUGCUCCAGUCUGCAUUGAGUUUGGUCGUUCCGAGUUAGAGGCUGUAUGUGUCCCAUUGCCAGAGAUGAGGGGUGCUGUCCCAUGUCUCCUCUCAGCCCACGAUUGGGGCU